CUUUUUAAACUGAGGCACGGAGACUCCGCCAGCCAACAUCAUCAUCGAGAUCGAUCCGCAAAACGAACCAUUGGAAGUAGACAGAUAGGAGGCUAGCUUCCCAUGGCGGACGGGAGACCGAAGCGGAAGGAGCCGGAGCCGGAGGCGGCGUCGACGGAGGGGCCGUCGGACUGGAUCCAUACCGCGGCCAGCGCUUUCUGGCUGGUCCAGGAGAUGAACGAGCAGGCGAAGUUGGACGAGGAGAGGCUGCGCGAGGACAGGGAAAACGCCGCGUGGGUCAUGGCGACCCUCCCCGAGUUCAGGAAGAAGUUCAACCUCCCGGUGCGUACGCCGGAGGAGGAGGCGGAGUACACUGCUGCCGCGCUCGCCAACCUCGACCGCCUCCGCGACGACGACGGCUUCGAUGACUACCUCGACCUCCUCGUCAGGCCGGAGGACCGCGCCCUGAGCAAGCGCCGCGCCGUCGACGAUGGCGCUCUCCGUCGCUACCACUAGGAUCAACCAAUUAAAGCAUUAUAUAUAGUUUGUUUUCAAGUUAAUAAUAGAUAGUUCGAUUUUGUCUUUUUUUUAGUCCUGCAGUGGCAUCGGCUUUAGCACGUUGGUUUUGUUCUUUUCAACUGAUUAAUGUAGUUUAUCGGGUUGAUUAAGGUGUUAUGAUCAGUUUUGUUCCGGCAAGUAAUGCUCGUAGUUAACCCGAGCAAGUAAUGCUCGUAGUUAACCCGCCGCCGUUGGG